AUGGAGAAGACAGUGACCCCGGUCGCACCCGAUCUCGAAGCCCCAGACGUCCCCGUCAAAGAGUCCAGCGUCGCCCUACGAUGGAAGCAGAACCUGACGCCCACACACGCAGACUUGGUUUGUCUGCUCCUCACUUUCCUCACCGGUCUAUGCGAUAGCAGCGCCUACAAUGCGUGGUCCUGCUUCCUCGGAAUGCAAACUGGAAACACUAUCUUCCUCGGCCUCGGCGCCUCCAAUCAACCCAAUAACAAGCCAUGGGGCUGGCUCAAGUCCCUCGUCUCGAUCGCGGCCUUCUUCUUCGGCGCGAUGAUCUUCUCGAUCGCGAUGCGCAGCGUCGGCGCCCUCCGUCGCGGAACCCUCUUCGUCUCAUUCCUCGUACAGACCCUGCUCAUCGUCAUCGCCGUCGCGUUAAUCGAAGCCGAUCUCAUCCCCCACACCUCCACUGACGCCACUCUUACCGGUGGCUCGCUUUUCCUCGAGUUGAUCCCCAUCGGCCUGCUGGCUUUCCAAUCCGCUGGUGGAAUGACGUGCAGUCGUGCGCUGGGCUACAAUGAGAUCCCGACCGUGGUCUUGACGAGUGUUUACUUUGAUAUUGCGUCGGAUCCUAAGAUCACUAAUAAGCCGACUACGAAUGCCAAGCGCAACCGUCGUGUCGGUGGCGUUGUGUGUCUUCUUAUCGGUGCUAUCGUUGGUGGGUGGCUGAGUCGUAGCAGUGGUGGUAUGCAGUCUGCGCUGUGGAUGGCAGCUGGUUUGAAGUUCGUUGCUGCCAUUGCGUGGUUGUUCUGGAAGGCUGCGCCGGCGAAAUAG